UCGUGAAAAGACGUCUUGUACUCAAGAAGGGAACGAAUCAGUAGUGUUGUGACAUUUAAGGUUUAUUUUCCUGGAAUUUGCGAAAAGGGCACUGAAAAUAAUAGCGAACACGUUGUUUUAGCGUAGUUAAAGAUGUCUACUCCUGCUAGAAGGCGACUCAUGCGAGAUUUUAAGCGGCUCCAGGAGGAUCCCCCCGCCGGUGUUAGUGGAGCUCCAUCUGAAAACAACAUUAUGGUCUGGAAUGCAGUUAUAUUUGGUCCAGAGGGAACACCUUUUGAAGAUGGUACAUUCAAGCUAACUGUUGAGUUCACAGAAGAAUAUCCAAACAAGCCCCCCACUGUGCGGUUUGUCUCAAAGAUGUUUCAUCCAAAUGUGUAUGCCGAUGGCAGUAUCUGCUUAGAUAUUCUCCAGAAUCGGUGGAGUCCAACUUAUGAUGUUUCUUCCAUUCUCACAUCAAUCCAGUCCCUUCUAGAUGAGCCAAAUCCCAACAGCCCAGCAAACAGCCAGGCAGCACAGCUGUAUCAAGAAAACAAACGAGAAUAUGAGAAACGUGUGUCAGCAAUUGUAGAGCAGAGCUGGAGGGACAGUUGACUACAUUCACAAACAUUUUCACUCUGAAACUGUUUUUCUUUUGUUUGGCUCUGUCUCCAUUUUAAGUUUUUAUGCAAUUUACUCAAGCAAGAUUGUGAUUUUUUUUUUUUUUAAUUUUAUUUCUCUCUCUCUUUUUUUUUCCUGGAGUGCUUCUCAACCCACUGAUUUUGGAAUAGGGGAAAAGAUCCCUUGUACUUGUAUUCUAUAAUGCUUGACUAAUUUUGCAUCUGGCAUGAACAUGCAGUAAUUGUAUUUGUGAACUGCAUUAAUAUCUCUUGUAAACAUUAUGGAUGAGUCAAUCUAAUCUGGACACAAAUCUCAGAGACUUCAAAUCAUAGUUGUGUUAUUCUAAAGACAAGGUACCCAGUGCUUCAUUGACAAUUAUAAUAUUUUGGUUUCACUCAAAGGCAGUUUAAGGUGCCUGUUUAAGUUCUUGAAUUUCAGCUUUUUGGAUUUGCAUUCAUUACAGUGGUUUAGUUACAACUCUCCUUAAUUCUGUUGGAGGAAAGAUGGCAUUCUACCACACGAGUGGUAAGCAGCUAUUGUACUGCAAAUAAGAUGUUCGUAGUCCAACAAGAUGGGAUAAAUGAUUAAGUUAUGUUGAAAGAAAAUGGCAAUAUUUAAGGGAGUAUAAAAUAUAUUUACUGGUAAAAAACAAUUAAGAAUGAUUAGCUGGAACUACUCAAAAAAUACAUAAAUAUCCUCCAGAGAUAUAAUUGCAGUUACUCAACAUGCAUCUUUUCAUGGCUUCACAGUGCUAAAUAAAAUGUCUUCAGGUCUUUUUCAAAGCCCAUAUCUUUGCAAAACUAUGCCCUAUUAAAUGCAUGAAGGCCUGAGUGUGUCCUUGCAUCUACUAAUCCCUUGUACAUAAAAAAAAAAACAUCUGAAUUUUGUGUACAGAUUUUGCACUGGUUGGCAAUUUCAUUUUCCAGCACUUGUAAAUACUUAAAUAAAAGGUGAAACUACA